AUGGAGCGAGCUCGCGCGAAACCCGACUCCGAUCACCUUCUCGGACUAUCCACCAAAUACUUGUUACUCCGAAACCUACCCAAGUGCCGACACUGCGCCAUCCAAGCCCGAGAAUCCGACCCGGUUCAAUCCUCCACCGCCAACAAAAUACUCGCCAUCGCCGACGUCCUCUCCGCCGCCGAGAAUCGCUUCCGCAACCGCCACCUCGAUUACUACUCCAUCCUCCAAGUCCGACGCUCCGAGUCCGGGAACCGCCGGGUCGUUCGAGCCCAGUUCGUUAAACUGGCGGCGCUCCUGAACCCGAACGUCAACAAGUUCGCUUUCUCCGACGAAGCUCUCAGCCUCGUACGCGAAGCUUGGACUGUGCUGUCCGACUCGGACAAGAGAGCCCAGUACGAGGCCGAAAUCGACAAGACCGCCGCCGAGGCGGCAUUCUGGACUUUGUGCCCGUACUGUUACUACAUGUACGAGUACGAGAAGGUGUACGAGGAUUGUUGCUUGAGGUGCCAGAAUUGUCGGAGAGGGUUUCAUGGGGUAGCGGUGAACGCGCCGCGGAAGGCGGAGAAGAAUGGGGAGACAGAGUACUCUGUUUGCUGGAGCUAUUUUCCUCUUGGGUACGAGAGAGAGAAAGAGAAAGUCGAGGCGAGUGGCAAUCGUGUAAAUUUGGGUGGAAAUGUGGGCGAUUUCGUGUGGAUUGCUGAGGAGAAAAAGGAUGGGAAAAACGACGGCGUUAAAGGGAAUGUGGGAGUUGGGAGGAAUGUGAAGACUAAAGCAGGGAGGAAGAUGAAUGUGAAAACUGUGGGGAGGAAAACAAAGAAGGUAAUGGGGAAUAAUAUUGGGAGGAAUGAAGGAAUGGAUAUGAAUGAGAGUGGAGAUGAUGAGAGUGUUGAGUUGGAGUUUUAUAAGGGGAAAGAUGGUGAUGAUGAUGAUGUUUAUGUUGGGUUAAUGGCAUAG